ACUGGAAAGAAUAGUUGGAGAAAAAACAGAGAAAAAAAUGGACGAAGCUCGCGUUGGGGGCAUGCUGGAAGUCCUCAGGACCUCCACGGAUCGAACGGUGAUAUAUAAAUGCCUGGUUAAGCUGCGCACGGACCUGGUAAAGGACAAGAAUGGGAUUGUCUUGUUCCGUACUGCGGGUGGCGUUCCUAUCAUGGUUCGCCUGAUAACCAAGCUGAACGAGAAGAUAAUGGAGGUGGUUCUCAGCAUAUUGGGCAACUGCUGUACGGACGAGCAGGCCUGCAUUGAGGCUGUCGAAUGCAAGGUGAUCUCCCCGCUGGUGACAAUCCUCAAGACCAUACCCAAUCCCGUGAUCCAAUGCCGCGCCUGCCGGAUGCUCGGGAAUCUGGCCAAGAGCAAGAAGGCGGCCCAAUAUCUCAAUGCUCACUAUGCUGCUAUUGCUCCAGCCAUCUGUCACAUCAUCGAGUCCACCAGCGCUGUCCAGACCCGCAUCAUGGCCUUCCGUGUGUGCCGUUUCCUCCUAGUUAGCAGUCAAUUCCUCAAGCACUUUCUCGUGUCCAACGGCUUCCUGCAAUUAAUGAAUAUCUUCGUGGCCGUGAUGAAGAACAACGAGACGCCCAAGGAAUCGCUGCCAGACAUAGAGGUAUCCACGCUAAUUGGCCUAAAGCGGAACCAGCACCGCGAGAAAUACUUUGAGGAGGUGGCCCGCAAUCUGGAGGGAGUGCGGAGUGACAUCUUCGACUACCAGAUGCUCAAGAACUUUACGCGGAACUGCGACUACGCGCUGCCCAAACAGAAUGAGGAAGCCGUCGAGCUGGCCCUGGAGAUUUUGAAGUGUCUCGUCCUGAUCUCAGCCCAGCAGAUUGGAAUGAAAGCCUGGGAGUCCAUUUCAAGGAACUCGUCGCUGGCCUCAAUUGUGUGCUUCGUCAAGGAGGAUGGCGAACAGCGGGCCUCGGCCUUGAAGAUCUUGUCGAACUUCUGCAAGGAUCCGUGCGCCUUCUACAUGCUAAGCACUGCGGAUGCCAUUGUGGCUGCCUGCGAGAUGCUAAUGGCUGUCAAUAUGGCAAAGCCGCUGAAUGAGAGCGAGUGCCGGCACUGCAUAAAUAUCAUAUCAACGCUCUCCACGGAUGCCUGCAGUCGCUCAAAGAUCCGGCGAUGCGGAGCUCUGCGCAAGCUGGUGGCCAUGAUACGGGACUCGAAUUCGCAGAGCGAGCGUUCAUCGCUUUUUCACAUUCUCAACAACUUUCAAUAUGACAACUUGAGCAUGGAACUCUUGCUUUGUGAGGGUCUGGUGCCCAUGCUAGUCAGGGAGCUGAACGAUUAUCUGACCAGCGACGACGAGCAUCACAAACGUCGCCGGGAGGAGCGACUUCAAGGUGGCAAGAAACGUAAACUGACUGAUCCAUCAACGCCAGAGACCCUAAGCAAGUUCUCAAAGACUCACGACCCCAUCAGCUCGGACUUUGACUCGCCAAGCAGUUCGCCCAGGUCGUAUCGCACCACCAGUCCCUGUAGUUCGCGCAGCAUGUCUCCGGUCUGCAAGGAUCUCUUGACCAAUGACGACGAUGACAACUAUUCACCGGCUUGCAGUGACGACGACGACGAAGACGACGACAGCGGGAAUAAUGGGGACACAAAGGACAGGCGCAUAGCCAAUAACAGGGCCCAGGCCUCGAAUGUUCUGGAUAUAUUGAAGCUAAUCGAUGAGGGCAGCGAGUCCAUCGAUGACACGCUGUCGGACAAGGAGGAUAUCGAGGAGCUCAGCUCGGAUGUGCCGCCCAAGCUGGCCCAGUUCCGCAACCAGGCAGGCGACACCAUUGACAUUAUAGAGAAUUUGAUUUAUAGGAUAACGCUGAUGGUGAACAAACGGGUAGAGUUGGGAAAGCCAGAGACGCUGGACACGCUUAUCCGAGCCAUUAACUUGUUUGGGGCCAACAAUAACUUUGCUAAUGCCCUGACCAACAUACUACUGGAGAGCCAGUUCUUUGCUCAGAUCAUCAAGCAUGGCGUCGUCCAUCAGCUGUAUCAGCUAACCAAGGUGGAGGAAAUGCGCAAGGAUGGCUUUGCUUUUCUAGAGACCCUCACCAAUGUAGGCGAGUCCAACUAUGGCAAGGAGGAGCUGGUGCGACUCCUACGGUGCGACGAUGUGAAGGCCCAACAGCGAGCUGCCAUCUCGGUGGCCUACAUCAUCAAGAGCCAUCGGCUGCUCUACCAAUUCCUGUACGAUGGAAAUGCUCUCACAUUGCUCUUUGAUCUGCUGCUGCGCCUGAAAAGCGAGGAUCAGUAUGCGGAUGAGGCAGCAGAUGCCGUCACCUCAAUGGCGCGCUUCACCCUGGGCAUAGUCCUGCCAGAAGCCGAGCCCGUGGAGAGCACGGCUGAGAUUUGUACCCAGCAAAUAAGUGAAACCAAGCCGCUGCAUGACAACUGUGACAUGAGAUUCCUGGUGAACGGUGGGGGUGACGGCGACACCACCUUGACCAUUGGCUUCAACAAGCAGCUGCUGUGCGACGCCAGCGAGGUCUUCAACAAGAUGCUUAACAGCAGCUUCCGCGAAGGCCACGAAGGCGAGAUCCAGCUAAGAGACUACUCGGCUGAAGGCCUGCGGUACUUUUUGCAUUUAAUUGUCUGCCAGGAGCGUCACCCCACCGAGCCCAACUACCCCGCCUUGCUGCAGGCCUACGAGAUGUCACGGGUGUACAUAAUACCCGAGAUGGAGGCCGUGCUACAGCAGCGGCUCAUCCAGUUUCUGGACUCUCACAACUGCCUACGACUGCUCGAAUGGGCGCUGAAAAACUACCAUGCCGAGCUGACGGAGACGGCCAUUAGCUACUAUCUUUGCUCCUCACUGCCAGUGGUGGAGAAGAAGCAACUGUUUCGGGCGGCGGAGGACUCGACCUACGCCAGCGAGUGGUUCCAGCUGCUCAACGAUGCGGUAUUCGAGCGCUGUCGCAGCACCGGCUACUAGCCACCACCAUGAGCAUACCAGUUGCGUUCUGUGAUCCAUUCCCCGGACUCGCCACAGCCACAGCCCUAGCCAAGUAUUCCCCCGUGCUACAAUUGUAAACUAAAAUGUAAUUGUAAUUGUAACUGUGAAAGUAAAUGUUUAAAAGUUUAGACUAAGAAUCAA